GAUCUUGCAUGAGCUCUACCUUAGACCUUACUGGUACUGUUCCUAGACCCAAGGCAUAAUGUCACGACCUGCAAUUGUCCGCCGGAGAAAAGAGGUGCGAUCUCCGACGAAUGAGGGAUAAGAUUUUGUGACGAUUGUGUCUAAAGAAUCGACAAGUUUGGGCAGGAAAACCGGAGAGCGAUGGCAUCAUGGAUAAUCAGCGCCACUUUUUGUUCCGUCGUGCGACGCCUUCCGCCAUCCGAAGGAGAAUAUGCUACAUAUAAAAAUGCCAUCAGUUGUCGUCCGUCCCUUCAUCCCCCUCGAAUUCCCCCCAAACCGCUGGUCGGUCCUUUCAACAUUCUUCCCCAAAUUACAUAAAAAAGACGUUGAUCGUUCUACUGCGUACAAUGCAGCUCACUCAUCCUUCAAAAUUCCACUCCUUCACUCGCACGAUCGGUUUUCUCUUCAUCGCGAUUGGGACUGUAGUAAAUAUCGCUGUACCUAUUCAAAAUUUUGAUGCUCAUCCCUCGCGAAACGUCUCCGAUGAUGAGUUCUCUUCCAGCUCAAGCAAUUCCAACUCAACGUCAAUUUACCCCAGGAUGGAUGCAGCUCCAGGCAACACAGACCUCCCUCUCCAAACAAAACCCAUCGAAGCAUGUGUCACCAUCCACAGCGUCUCCCUACUCCCUGCAAAUACCCAGAAAUCCCUCCAAGCCGCUAUCGAGGAACUACUAAAACCCAUGAUUCCUGCCAUCACCAAGGACAUUCAGCGCGGGUUCAAAAAAGUCUUGCCCAAGCUAAACAUUGAGGAUUUCCCGAAAGUCAGUGGAAUCCCGGUGACCAGUAUACAGUACAAACAACACACCUCGCCGGAAGGGAUGUAUGCCUUUGAUAUGGGGGUGAGGGGGAAGUUGGAUAUUCUGCAUGAUGAAGAGCGGUGCAACUUGCCUGAUUGCGGAUGCUACAAUGUGAAGAAUGCAUUGGGAUCCUCGUAUUAUGGGGAAAUCAGUCAGGCGUGUGUGGAGGAUGGGAAAAAGAUAUAUACGGGAUUUAUUGGAGGGAAUAACAUAGAGACUGGGGUCAUGGAUAAGUUGAUAGAGUUCAAAAAUGGGAAGGGCGUUGUCCCAAAGAAGUCCCUAUUUUCGCGUGUAAAGAAUUACCUGGCAAAUCACAGGGGUAAAGGAUCCUCAUCGUCAUCUUCAUGAUGUACUCAAGUGUACCCAUCUGUUUCGAUUCACCGUAAUCUCUGACUUCAUAUACAUAGCCCCUUGCAAUUUAUCUCGACCAGUUCUGUUAUGGAUAUUCCUAGUGUGUAACAGGUUUGGGGUUGUUUGAUGUGUUAAAUAUGUACAGUUAGCAUCUUUGCUUCACUAUACCCACUACAAAUCCGGGAAGAGAUGGUAUACCAUUCAAC